UGAGUAGCGCUACACACUCUAUGGUAGCUGUCCCUCCCGCAGGCCCGGCCCGCACCAUAGACGCGGCGGGCAGGGCUAGAGCGGCACCUCUCGCGGAGCACUGUGGGGCGGCCAUGGCGGCGCUCGGUUAGAGGGCUGCCGGCCGCUGAGUCCAACCGCGAAGCGGCGCCGAACCCGCGCUCCCCCGCGGGCCCCAAAGCCGCCCCGCCCCGCGAGGGCCGGUAGCGUCCGGUAGCCAUGGCCGAGGCGGGCGAGGAGGUGCUGGGAAGGACUGGGAAGAGGGCCGGGACGAGGCGGGCGGCCCCGAGGAGGAGGAAGAGGAGAAGGAGCGCGAUGGGAGCAGCCGCAGGGACAGCAAGCUGACCGGGACUGGUACACGAUGGAUGAAGGCUAUGACGAGUUUCACAACCCCUUGGCCUAUUCCUCUGAGGAGUACGUGAAGAAACGGGAACAGCACUUGCACAAGCGGAGGCAGAAGCGCAUCUCGGCACAGCGGUGGCAGAUCAAUGAGGAAUACAUGCAGUGUGUCACUGCCGUGGAUGGAGAGUGGCUGGCAGAGCUGGGCCUCAUGUUCUACAGUAUCAAACAUGCUGGCAAGUCACGCCAGGAGAACCGCCGCCGUGCCAAGGAGGAAGUGUCUGCCAUGGAGGAAGAGAUGGCUUUGGCUGAGGAGCAACUGCGUGCGCGCCGCGAGGAGCAGGAGCGCCGUAACCCAAUGGGCAGUUCAAGAUCCACUAAAAUCUACACUCCUGGGCGGAAGGAGCAGGGGGAACCCCUGACGCCGCGACACACCCCAGCCCGCUUUGGCCUCUGAGAAGGCAGAGCCCAUUCCUUUGAGGCAUAAAGACUCCAGGAGCAGCUGAGUCU